GAGCACAUUCCCUGUAGACAAGAGAAGUAUUGCUAAAGUGGUUUCUAACUCAUGAGCAGACAUGUGCGCUCUGAAUUUUCAUUUCCUUUUGGUUUUCUCUACUUUCAGUUCAGUUUUCUCAGAUGAAGACUACUACCAAGUCAGGGCAUGUUGUGCCUACAGUGGUGAACAGUCUAAGGACAUAGAGUAUAGCAUUUUAACUUCGUUUAACAAACAUAUCAUGAUGCAGUACAACAGCACAAGAGGAAAUUGGACUGGAUUCACAGCUUUUUCUAUCUAUGAAACGCAGUUCUGGAACGCUGAUCCCUAUGAUCGGCUUGAAAGAAUAUUUGAGAAGAAACUGCUUUGUGAAGACAAUGUGAAAUCCAUCGAAUCACUAGGAAAUCUCACUACAGCACCCACUGUGAGCAUCAAAUUACUGAGGCAGCCUGAUGGUGGACACCCAGCUCUGCUUUUGUGCAGUGCCUAUGACUUUUACCCAAAACAAAUCCGAAUGACAUGGUCACGAAACAAGCAAGAAGUGACCUCAGGGGUCAUGUACUCUGACCUUCUGGCUGAUGGAGAUUUGUACUACCAGAUUCACUCUUACCUGGAGUACACUCCAACUUUUGGAGAAACAAUCAGCUGUACGGUUGAACAUGCCAGCCUCUCUGAACCAAAAGUCACAGUCUGGGACAACUCCCUUCUCGCUGAUGAAGUAAUUCAGAUCAUCGUUGGGCUGUGUUUUCUCAUGCUUGGGUCUGUAAUUGUGACAUCCGGAUUCAUUUACUACAGAAAACGGCGUGCAGCUUACAGUGCCGUCUGCCAAGGUGGAACAUUGAUCCCUGUGGAACACAUUUCGUCACCAGGAGUCGCCUACAGUCCAGCUUCAGCGAACACCAUCACCAUUGACACAAACCGUCCAUGAUACUCUGAAUACUGUAUGUUUAUUCAGAGGUUUGUGGUUGGGAUGCUGAUGUGUGGAUUUUGUAUUGCCAAUGCAGUCCACUGGGGUUAAAAUAAAUGAGUGAAGAAUAUUUUAGGAAUUAAGGGCCAGACCUUAUUAAAAUAACCCUAUAUUAGUCUGUGAUCCUUAAAUCUCAGGAAAUGGGACUUGUUUUGAAAUACACUUGCUUUUCUGUGGAACACCCUCGGACACCAGAUCACUGAGGAACUGUUAUUCUACUGAUUUGCUUUUGACAUUUCUGCAGAUUUUCGAUUACAUCUUUAUUGCCUUUUCAGGGGACUUGUGUAUAUGUAAAUAAUCUAACAAUGGUAGCUCUAAUGUAUUGUUACUUUAAUUGCAGCAAGAUUUUAAUGCUAGAAAACCAAAACCAAAUAAACAAAAUUAAAUGUUAACAAAUUCCAAGCUUUCGUAAAACCUAAAAUGACGUGAAACUCAGAAAGUGGAGAGUGAUGAGAGGAGAGCCAAUGCAGAGAAUGCAUGUGCAUUGCACUUAACUGAAUGAACUCAUGUGGAACAGCUGAUCAGACUGGAAAAACUAGAAUACCAGAAAAACGUGCUCUAGGCAACAAUGGGGGGAAAAAAACAAUGAACAAGACCCCAAAAAAAUACUUGUGAGAGUAACUGAAGUUAAAUACAUUGAGUAAUCUUCAGGGUAAAGUCAUGAAAACUCCAAAGCAACUCACAAGCAAAAAAGGAGGAUUCUGCUUUGAGCUCAUUGUUAUCUUUCAGUCCUCUGUAUUUCCCUCAACUGAAAGCAGAAGAACAGAUAAAUGUGAAGUGAGUAUA